UGGCCGUGUUCCCGGUGAGCUGCGUGCGCGGCGCCGGCCUCAACGCGCUGCACGCGUGCCUGCUGGCGCUGGCGCCGCGCCGCGACCUGCAGCGCCCCGAGGACGAGGCGUGCGAGUUUCAAAUAGACGAAAUUUUCCACGUAGGGGACUCGACGGGGCCCGUCGUGGGGGGACUGCUCGCGCGAGGGCGACUCUACGAGGGCGACGAACUUAUCAUAGGACCUCUGGAGUCCGGCGAGUUCGCGGAGAUAUCCUUGCUCAAUAUAUACCGCAACCGCGUCCCGUGCGGCAGCGUGCGCGCGGGACAGUCGGCGUCGCUGGGCCUGGGUCGCUUCCCGCCGGGACUGCGGCAGGGCAUGGUGCUGCUAGCGCGGCCGGGGGGCUACGCCGCGGGACACGAGCGGCCCACCUUCGGAGGCUGUCCGCCCGGGACUUGCAGAGGACGACAGAUAUCAGAACUAGUCCACUCGUUGCAAGCUUCGGAGAAGAAUCGAAAGAACGCGAGGAGACAGAACAAGAAUAUCCUCCAGGACAUCGCCAACGUGAAGAACAGCCUCACGAAGACAUCGGACACGAAGUGCACGAACGUGUACGUGUCGGACGACGGGAGCAAGUACAGCGACGCGCACGUGUCGAGCGAUACGCAGGACAAGUGCGUGUGUGACGACCUGGUGUUCCUCGAAGACCCAAACGACCCUAGAGGCUGUAUAUACUUUCAGGCAUCCGUGCAUGUCCUGAGACACUCCACGGCCAUCUACCCAGGGUUCCAGUGCUCUGUGCAUGUCGGGAACGUGCGUCAGACGGCCAUUAUCGAGGGUAUAAUGUCUCCGAACAACGUGCUGAGGGCGGGCGAGGGGGCCUCCGUGCUGUUCAGGUUCGCCCGCUGUCCGGAGUACCUCGUGCGGGGCCGCCGGCUGCUGUUCACGGCGGGGCUGGGGACCAGAGCCAUCGGCCGGGUCACGCAAACCUUCCCGUACAUACCAUGAAUUCUAUAGAACACGGCUCCAAUGUAAAAUUCGAGAUCUCUCUAGAAUAUUCUAGAUAAAUUAAAUAUAUUAA